CUCAACACAUACUAUAUCACCCAUAAGAGCACUCAUCUAGCAAGUCGUCAUUUUCCCUCAGGAAGUUCCAUCCCGCCCGAUCGUGAUGCUCACUGCCUCCAUCGCGUCCACUCUCUCACUCAGCUUGCUAAAAGCAUGCAGUGCAGUGGUUCUCUUGAUUUUGGUAGCAAGAGGUUUCGUGUGGUUGAUCAAUAUGAUGGUCGUAGCACCUAUGUUACCUAUGUUUGACCCGCUCAAGAACAUUCAGGGACCCGACGGUUCUCCGCUGCAGAACCACCUUCGUGAGGUCAUGGAGUAUGUGCAUAUCCAAUUCGAGGUCAGUCGUGAGGACACUGAGGAAGCUUUUAUCAGAUAAUCUGCCUUCAUUUCAGCCCUAGCAUAUCUUUAGAUAUGCAUGAUACAUGGGUCAAGUCGUUCGGGAAGACAUUCAGAUUUCACAGGUUCGGUAGGGUGAGUGCUUCUCGUCCUUCUUGAAAAUACUAUUAGC